GCGGGGGUGAGAAUGUUCGCGCAUGCGCGGUCCCAAGCGGAACCGUGAGUUGAGGCGCCGGGACUCGCGGACAGGCAUUGCUGUUGCACCUGGGUGCCAGUUAGGGCCGUUAGCUGCUGUUUGGCUGCCAUUGCGAGAGGCCGGGAGAGAACGGACAGCGCGUGUGCUCGAUGAAGCCGACUUUUCGAAGGUGGCAGAUCGUGAGCCUCUCCUUCAGCCCCUGGGGCGGGGAAGAGGCGCUUGCAGGCAUAGCUCGCUCAGUGAAACCAUAGUCUCUGAGCAGCCGUCACCCCCGGCUCUGGCCUGAAGGCUUCCAUUGAGUACUUCUGGGGAGUGAUUGGCUGCAGUCCGCCUUUUCAGCAGGUGGUUGGGUCGAAGCGCUGUCAAUCAUUUUUCCUUUUAUUUCUCUUCUCCGCCCCCGCGCUCGUGUUGCCUGGCUGGCGAGAAAGGGGAAGGUCUGCCCGUCCAGCCAAGACCAAGGGGACGCCCGCCAGCAAUCUGAUCUUCCCAUAAUGGACUGUUCUAGGUCAUGCUUGGGGGAGGGUGAUGGGCAAACUGUAUCUCAAACGAACAGUGGUGAAGAUGAGAGGCAGCGGCAGCGGCAGCAGGAGCGCCUUAAUAGAGAGGAAGCCUAUUACCAAUUCAUUAAUGAGCUCUGUGAUGAAGAUUACAGGUUGAUGAGAGAUUGCAACCUUCUUGGGACUCCAGGAGAAAUAACAGCAGAUGAGUUACAGCAUCGUUUACAAGGUGCAAAGGAACAUCUGGCAUCCCAGUCUGAUGCAGAAAAUAGAAGUUGGGGAGGAGAUACUGUUGGAUAUUCUGAGACUCUUGGGGAAAACUCAACCAGUGACUCCCUGCUAGAGUGGCUAAAUACUUUCCGUCGUACAGGGAAUUCUACCCGUAGUGGUCAGAGUGGGAACCAGACUUGGAGAGCUGUGAGCCGGGCAAACCCCAGUAGUGGAGAAUUCCGGUUUAGUCUUGAAAUAAAUAUAAAUCAUGAACAUAAUGUUGGUGAUGCUUUUGGAGAAGAGCUUGAUGACAUCUCACGUAGCCAUACCUCUAGGAGCCGUAUAGAAAAUGGGCCUCUAUUAGCAGAUAGCCCAGUAGCUAGUAGAACAAGGAGUAGAACGUUGAGAGAGACUGUUGGCCAUGCACUUCCCUCAUCCAGAGUUGGACGUGCAAGUGGUUCCAUGGUACAAAAUGCUGAAGAAACAGCUCGACUCUUCUCAGGCAGACUCCGAAGCAGGAACAGAACCUCAGCCAGUUUUGUAACACGCAGCAACUUUUUAGAUGACAAUGAACACAACAUUAUUAGGCAAAGGAGAAUACAAAGAGUUUCAUCCAUGAGACUUCACAGAGGGAGAGCUAGAGCUAGAACUCACAGAAGCACACAGCAAAGGCCAGAAGUGUUGAGGCUAAGAUCAACUUUGAGUAGUCGAAGCCGUUCUCUGCUGGAAAGGCAGCAAGGUAGGAGUGCACAACAAAUCCAUACAAGGUCUAGGAGGACACACACAACCCAGUCUCUUCCAGAGCAAAGUGAAGAAAUGCCAUCCUUAGGUAUAACUUUGGAAGAAGAAGAAUUGACUGGAUCCACAACCACACUUAGAAGGCAUCCUACUAUUACAUUAGACCUUCAGGUAAGAAGAAUUCGUGCUGGGGAAAGUAGAGAUCAGGACAGUAUUGCUACCAGAACUCGCUCAAGAGUGGGUAUGGCAGAAAACCUGAUCACCUUUGAAAGUGAUAGUGAGGGAUUUCGUCGGACUGUUUCACGAUCUGAACAUGCAGGGAUACGGACGUACAUCAGCACCAUACGGAUACCUCUUCGUAGAAUAUCGGAAACUGGGCUUGGAGAGUCAUCUUCAGCAGCUCUUAGGUCACUUCUAAGGCAAAUUUUGACUGGUUUUGGAGAGCUAAGCUCCUUAAUGGACACAGAAACGGAUUCUGAAAUUCAGAGGGGUAGUCGGCACUUAUCAGAUAUGCAGUCGGAGCUGUCCACCUUACGCACUCUAAGCAAUAUCGGUGAAUUCAGUGAAACUUCUCGUAGAGGUAGACCUGCUGAACAAGGUAGUAGGGAAUGGCAUGGAGAGACCAAUGCUACUCCACACUACAGUCAUGGUCACGAAGCCCAAGAUAACGGGCAGUUUCAAGAUGCAAGCGAUUUUGUCGAAAAUGGAACACUUCCUAUCCUUCGCCUUGUGUCCUAUCUUUUGUUAGAUGAAGAUGCCAAUGACCACUUGAGGGGAUUAACCAAAGACCAAAUUGACAAUCUUUCCACCCGCAGUUAUGGGAAUGUCAGUGCAGAAGAGGGUGAAAUAAGUAAGACAUGUAGUGUGUGCAUUAAUGAAUAUGUUGCAGGGAACAAGCUGAGGCAAUUACCAUGUAUGCAUGAGUUCCAUUUUCAUUGUAUUGAUCGCUGGCUUUCUGAAAAUUCUACUUGUCCAAUUUGUCGGCAGCCUGUAGUACUCUAGUCUCCCAGGCAAUGGAUUAAUCCCCAUUCUUGAGUUUGUUUUCUCAGUUGAAAGCCAAGUGGUGCUUAUCCUCAUUUUGGAUAAGGGGUUGGGGAGGGUGGGGUUGCUUUACACAUCUGACUCUGAAGAAGAUCUGAUUACAUUUGGCAGUGAACAGGUAUGUCUAUCUUGGAGUGCAGGUAUAAGGGUAAAUGUCAGAUUACCUUUACAGAGUUAUAUUUUUCUACAUAAUUUUUUUCAAAGCACUUGUGUGAUAUAGGUCUUAGGUUGUGUUCUUAACUGUAUGAUCUUGCUUUGAGAGUUUAGUUUGUUUCAUUCAUUUGUCAUAGUAUUUUAUUAGCCAUUUGUUCUAUGAACAACCUUUUUUUUCUGUUGUAAGGGUCUUCCUGGACACCUGGCAGAAAAUACUUAAGUUAUUUGAAGUGCUUGAAUCUAAUUUAUGGUAUAUUUUAAUGGAAAUCAUUAUGAAAUAUCUUGCACACCUGGUUUUAUUUAAAUAUUUUAUAACAGGUCUUGCGUGCUUUACACAUUACUUAAUUCCACUUAAUUCAAUGGAGUGGUUUAAAACUUUGUUUUCCAGUGCAUUCAACAAUCAGAUUAUCUUAGCUUUGAGAAUUAUUAAUCGGCAUUUGCCAGUUCUAUGUUACCUUUAGAAUAUUUCUUAAAUAAUAUUUAUGGUAAUUGAAAUACAUUAAAACAAGUUUUAAUUUGUUUUAAAGCAACUUCUAAUUUGAAGAUGAGUGAGCAUCAAAAGUAAUUUAUUUGUAGCAUGCAUUUUUCUUCUACAGUUUCAGUUUGUUGUGAGACUUUAUCUUUCCUAUACCAUGUACAAAUGGAAUGUAGUAAUACUGGUCAGCUUAAGGGGAAGAGCUUCUUGAGGAUCAAAUGCCAUAAACGGUUAAGGGGAAACAUAUGCUUACUGCAAAAUACCAAAAACAGCUAUAUGCUUGGAUCUUGAGGCUUAUACCAAUACUGACAAAGGAAUAAAACUGCAGAAACAGA